AUGCCGCUCAACGCCAAAGCUGUGUACACCAAGGAAAAUGCGGACUAUGUCCCGUUCGCCAGUCGACGGAGCACUGUCCACAGUACCAAAGGCAUUGUCUCAUGCACGCAGCCGCUAGCCGCAGCUGCGGGUCACCGGAUUCUGAGCCAGGGUGGAAACGCAGCGGAUGCCGCUGUUGCCGUGGCUGCCGGUCUUAACAUGACCGAGCCAUGUUCCACCGGCAUUGGAGGUGACAUGUUCUGUCUCUUCUAUAAUGCCAAGACAAAGAAGGUGCAUGCCCUCAAUGGUUCAGGUCGGUAUCCUGGGAGUGCCAGUCUGGAGAAAAUCCGGAAGGACCUCGGCCUGGCCCCUGGCGCACCGGGUAAGAUGCCCAUGAUGAGCGCUUUGUCUGCCACAACUCCCGGAGCCGCUGCCGGGUGGGUAGACACCGUUGAGAAGUUUGGUAGUGGGAAAUUGUCGCUAGAGCAGAUCUUACAACCAGCGAUCGAGCUCGGCGAGGAAGGUUUCCCUGUUUCGGAACUUUCAUCUCGGGGAUGGCAUAAUGCUGAGAAUGAUAUCCGUAAUGCAUCUCCCAACUUCCGUGAAAUGCUAAAGGUUGAUUCCACGGCCAAGGAUGGCGUUCGACCUCCGUGCCCAGGUGAGAUUAUGAAGAAUCCCACGCUGGCCAAGACUUUCCGUGCACUGGCUGCAGAUGGCAAAAAGGGAUUCUACCAGGGUCGCAUCGCGGAGGCGAUCGUCAAAGUUAUACAAGACCAGGGUGGCUACAUGACCCUCGAGGAUCUAGUGUACCACGCUGAGAUCGGAACACAGGAGGUCGAUGCGAUCUCGCUGAAGUUCACCGGUCAGGACAUCGUGUCCAAGGCUACUCCCGGUACAGACGGGGACGCCAACCAGGGCGUCGAAAUCUGGGAGCACCCACCAAAUGGGCAGGGUAUUGUGGCACUGAUGGCCCUUGGUAUAAUGGAAGAGCUCGAGAAGUCAAACAAGAUUCCCAAGUUCACCCAGGAUCAACAUAACUCUGCAGAAUAUCUGCACGCCGUCAUUGAGAGCCUGCGCAUCGCUUUCGCCGACGCAGCAUGGUGGGUCACAGAUCCGGAUGUCGAGAGCGUGCCAUCUCAAGGCCUCUUAGAUCCCAAGUAUCUCGCUGAGCGGGCGAAACUUUUCGCCCCGGAUCGUGCAGCAGAUAUCAUGGACCACGGCAGCCCUGCGCACAACCACUGCGACACAGUAUACUUCGCGGUUACGGAUAGCGAAGGCAAUGGUAUCUCGUUCAUCAACAGCAACUAUGACGGGUUUGGAACUGCCAUCAUCCCCGCCGGCUGUGGCUUCACGCUUCAGAACCGCGGAGCCAACUUCUCUCUUCAAGAGGGUCACCCCAACGCCCUGGCGCCGCAUAAGCGACCCUACCACACUAUCAUCCCUGCUAUGAUCACCAAUAUCGCCGACGGCUCGUUGCACUCCGUGUAUGGUGUCAUGGGUGGCUUCAUGCAGCCGCAGGGCCAUGUGCAGGUUAUGCUCAACAUGCUUGCUUUCGGAUACCACCCACAAGCAGCACUGGAUUCGCCACGAUUCUGUCUCGCUGCGCCGACAGAUGAGGGCAAGGACCGCACAGUCUGGGUCGAAGAAGGUGUUAGUGAUACUGCUGUCGAAGGACUUCGUCAGCUCGGUCACAAGGUCGAAGUUUUGACUAAUUGGAAGCGAGCCACGUUCGGUCGUGGGCAGAUCAUUCGCUCGUACUAUGACGAGGGCCAGCUAGUUUAUGCUGCUGGUAGUGAUCUGCGGGGUGAUGGAAUGGCCUUCCCAUUAUUAUGA